UCGGCAGAGAGGAGCUGUCGGGGUGGAGCACAACAUCACACAAACCAACACAGCAGUCGUAGACAGUGUUGAAGGAGAAAAUGGAGCCCGGAGGUGGACAGCAAUAGAAACAUGACAUUUCACACGUCAAUCUCCGCUUCUGUGUCUUGUGCUCCUCAUCACUCCCUGACCUAGCAGCCACCGUAGAGAGCGCCGGGGCAGACCUCGCCUUUAUGGCGGGUCUGACUCACUUGGUGCUCCGGUUUUCGGGCUCCGCCGGUCGCUCUUACGGAGUGUUUUCCAAAGGCUUGACGAGGACUUUGUUGAUAUUUUUCGAUCUGGCAUGGCGACUGCGAAUCAGAUUCCCUUAUAUCUACCUCGUAGCCUCGAUGAUGUUUAAUGUCAGAUUACAGGUCCACAUCGAAAUCCACUGACCUGUCGCGACGUUUGGAGUCAAAACAAAAAGUUGUGUGCCAUGUUUGAGUCCUGGCUGACGCUGGAUAGGGAUGUUAAUGCCACACAUUGGUGUGGCAGUGCAAUAAUGUGACAGCUUGCUGUGUGGUCAGCUGUCUUCACAUGAGCUCAAGCACAGAGGGAGAAGAACAGUGAGCUUGAGGUCAAGUCAGCGGUGGCGUGUGAGGGCGGAGGGAAAAGAUGAUUCACGACCUUUGUAACUCGCCACCUAAGAUCCGGGAGCGUCUCAUCCUCUCUGUGAAUGUGUCGGGUCAAGGUCAGAUUAAGACACUGCCUUAUCGCUGGAUGGCGACGACUGCUGGUGUGGAUUGUAACUGUGUCGCUUCUGCUCAUUGUGUCUGACGUGUGUGCUCGGCAUGAAGAGCUCUCAGACACAAAACUGGAACAAUUUCAUUUUAUUUAAAAACACUUUAUAUAACACUUUGUCUGAAGCUAAAGUUUGCUGGAUCAGCGGUACAGUUUGUUUUUUUUGGUGAAAAAACAAUCAUUACAACUGUUGCACUGGGAAUUUAUAGUCUGUCAAUACGUGCAGUCUCAAAGGGAACGACUGCAUGUCUUCUUUGUGGUUGUACACACACUUAUGUUUCAUCACCGGCACUGGAAAAAUUAAAAAAAUGGUCCCGUCAGAAUUGUUAUUUAUGUAGCUGCAUUUGUUGCAUAUGUUUAUUUCUGAGUUAAAUGUCUAUGUUGGCCUUUGAAAUGACCGAACUGAAGGAUAAGGAUGAUUGAAUUAAAAAAAGAAGAAGUAAUAAAUAAAUGAAAUCACUA